AUGCAACAUUGGCACUCUGGCGAAGAAGCCUCGGUCGGCACUGGCCACAGGCACAGUCGUUCCUCGGCCGAGCAACCGUUUGCAUCGCGCGCAGCUCUCGAAGCGAUUUUCGAUUCCGAAUCCCACAACGAACCCUUUUGGCCUCCUCCGAAGGAUACAGCGCAAUCACCACUACCACCAGCCAGGCGCCACUCAGUCGCAGUCCGCAUCUCGCACAAGGAUUCCGAGCGAAAAACAUUCCAAGGCAGCCAUGUCAGCCAUUCCGAUGAAGGCCUCCUAGCCGGUGUAUUCCUCCUGGCCAAUGCCUGGCACAUCACAGCUGUAAAUGAGCAGCAUCAUCAGCGGCAGCAUUUGGAAUGCUGGCAUUGCAGCUCGGACACCAUUGGAUCGGAGGACUUCUGCGAUGUGACUUUCCAGGAGGACAACAUUCCUACGGAUUUGAUCAAGGAGAGGAACAUCAAUCUACUGAGGAGCUGCAACAGCACCAUUCACUCCGAUCACGAGCGGCCUGUGUGCCGCAAAACUGUGGAAGAGUAUAAGGGCAAGCUAAUUACGAAGCGCUUCUGCUACUAUACCAACAAAUCAGAUCCCGUGGAGCUGUGCAACAUCACCAGUCCGGAGAAGAAUGUGCGGCGGAUAUUCUGCGAGGAUUGCCUCACCGAUCGCUGCAACGGAGCUUAUAUGGGUGCCUCACUUAUGGAGUUCGCCCUGCUCCUGCCAUGUUGGCUUUAGUCCAACAGUUGGCCAACUAAGUGGCAUUAGAGCCUCCACUUGGACGCAUCUCUGAAUUGUAUUUUAGUUGGAACGUGAUAUUUUGCCCGGCCCCCUGAGAAAGGGGACUGAGCUGUUGCUGAUUAACGAUUUAUGUUUAGUCCUCGGUUUAACUUAGGUUUAGUUCCGGGCCACUAGUGCCCCCACACUCAUUAAUCUUAAAUUCAGACUUCUAAGUUGGUUUCCGAUUUGCCCUAAAGCUCAAAGCCCUAAAAAGUAAUCCCCUAAAUUCCAAUUAAAAAAAAUCCAGUAGGGCAUUAACUCAGCCCAAAGCACAGUAAAUACUCACUAAUAGUCUAUAUGUACAACAUAAUAUUUUUAUGUAAAGAACACACACAUUCACCUAUAUGUAAAAUGAAUACAGUUGCUGGACAAACUCAAAUCAAGGUACUUAAAGGCACUCGAACAGAUGCACCGAAUAAAGAUUACACAACUGAUUAA